UUGGAAUAAUAUUAAAAAAAAUAAAAAGUCUGUAAUGUGUAGUAGUAGUUUAAUUUGCAACCUUUAAUCAUUAAUCUAAUGCCUAACCAUCUGCCCCAACAAAGUAUUUUCCAACUUAAAAUUGAAAAAAGUGAUCAAAUUUUAAUUCUUAACUAACAGAAAAGCUAUUAACAACUCCUCUUGCUCCAUUAUCUUUACAACUAAACUAUCUACAUCAUCCCAAUUUUCAAUUUCUAAAGCAUGUUAACUAACUGCAUCCAAUCCCUAUAUAUACUACCCAUCUUCCUCUUUCAUAUAUAUCUCACAACCUUUAUUCGAGCUUUCAAAAACGAGCAACUAAAACACGAAAAAACUCGAGUUUUCCCUACUAUCUUCUCAACAGUUGCAUUAAUCGAGAUGGAGAAGAGUGAAGCAACCACCAUUGACGUAGCAGAAACAAGCAGAGAAAGCAAAGGGAAAGCACCGCUUCUCCGGGAUCCACCGGCUUGGGUUCCGGCGGCCGUUGAGCGACAAAGGGCGGCUCCUGCGUACAAAAGAGGGGUUGCAAUAUUCGACCUCAUCCUCCGCAUAAGUGCUGCCACGGCAGCUUUAGCCGCCACGAUCACCAUGGGAACCACCGAGCAAACCCUCCCAUUCUUCACCCAGUUCUUCCAGUUCCAAGCUAGCUACGACGAUCUUCCUACUUUCACGUUCUUCGUGAUAGCCAUGUCAAUAGUUACCGGUUACCUUGUUCUUUCCGUACCGUUCUCCAUUGUCUGCAUUGCUAGACCUGUAGCUGCUGCUCCACGCCUCCUCCUCAUUCUCUGCGACACACUGGCGGUUACGUUGAAUACUUCCGCAGCGGGAGCGUCGGCUGCGAUAGUGUACUUGGCGCACAAUGGGAACUCGGACGCGAAUUGGCUGGCGAUUUGCCAACAGUUCAACGACUUCUGCCAGAGGACCAGCGGAGCGGUGGUGGCUUCGUUUGUGGCGGUUGUGCUGCUCAUUUUCCUGGUGGUGCUCUCUGCUUCUGCCCUAAAGAAACAUUGAAAUUAAAACAACAUUUGCGUGUGCAUGAAUUUCAUUUUCAUUUUUUUUUUCACUCUUUGUAAGUUGUUUUUAAUUUUUAAUUUGGUGGUUCUGUUGUUUAUUGGCUGGUGAACCGAUUCUUGGAUUUUUCUGUGUAGAUCGAAAGAAAAAUCAAAUUGUACAUCACAUUUGUUAUAUUGCAAUUUACAGUUUUCGUUU